UUUAACAAUCUCUUCUAUCUCCAGCUUCCGUCCGGCCGGCCGUCCAUCGCCGCCGGCCGGCCCGCUGCUGUGCCUGUGCCUUCCAAAUAAACGAACACUGGCUUGCAUAUAGAUAGAUAGAUAUAGAGAUAUGGGUCGCGGUCGCGGCAAGGUGGAGGUGCGUCGGAUCGACAACAGCGUGAGCCGGCAGGUGACUUUCUCGAAGCGGCGGCGCGGGCUGGCCAAGAAGGCGCGGGAGCUGGCCGUGCUCUGCGACGCCGACGUCGCGCUGCUCAUCUUCUCCGACAAGGGCACGCUCCACCACUUCGCCGCGUACGCCAGGUACGUACGUACGUCGUCUGCAUGUGCUCGCGGGAACAUGAGCUAUGACCACGUCAAGAUGAGGUCCAAACUUGAAGCUCUACAGAAGAGCCAAAGGAAUCUCAUGGGGGAGCAACUUGAGUCCCUGACAUUCAGAGAGGUACAGCAGCUUGAGCACCAGAUAGACAGCGCUCUGAGGAACAUCAGAUCGAGGAAGGACCACAUCUUGCUGAACUCGAUCGAGGAGCUCCAAAACAAGGAAACAUUUCUGAUGGAACAAAAUAGCAUUCUAGAGAAGGAGAAGGCUGCACUGGGGGCAUCAUCCCUGCACACCACCAACACCGCAGAUUCCUCUACAGCAGUAGCAACAGCUGCCCUUCCAAACCUCAACAUCUGUCCCGGCGACGACUCCGAUGAGCCAGGAAGGGCGGCGGCGCCACCGCCACCGGGAGCGGCGAUCAGCUUGCCGUGGUGGAUGCUCCAGCCACCACCUGCCGUCAGCCAACGGCAAGAGCAGGAGCAGCACUGAACUGCAUGUCUUCAGAUGAUGCAAUGCUGUUGGUUCGCGAGUUCGAUUGCACUAGAGCUCGAUUCAGAUAGGACGGGGAUUUGUGAUCUGUCUACUGAGAUCUACCGUUCUUAUUGGGUUGCUAGAUUUUCGUCCUUCCUUUUUUAGUAUCUGAACCUCUGGUCUGUUGUCGUUUGUUGUAGCUUUUGGUCGCAAAUGCUCCAGUUUGCGUCUCUUGUUUGAUUCGGUUUCUGUAAAAUUUGCUGCAGUCCUUCAUGCAUGUCAUUUCAGCUGUUUUCUCCCA